GCCACGAACCUUACGCCUGUUUGAUCCCAACAAGUCGUUAAUUUGACUCGCACGAAAAAUAAAGUGACGGCCUGCGGCCAGACAACAUAAAGGAAUCAUCCAGGCAGCUGACCAAUGUUGUCACUCUGAUGUCCCUUCGCUCCUUCAUCUCGGUUCCUUCAGUGUCUCGUUAACUCGGCAGCACUCACUUCAUCGAGGUGCCGUUCUUCAUUCACCUAAGCGCGUCCUGAAAGGCAGAUAAAACCUCUAUUUGAGCCUCAGCCUCAGCUCUCACCAAAUUCCAAACCAAAUCCCAAAGCUCCUACACGAACGUUAUCCGAACAAAAGCUCUCGAAACCCGAAGCCCCGACAUCAAAGCCUUGUUUCAUCGAACUCGUCGGUCCUGUCUUGCGAACCGAGAUGCCGGCUGUUUCUUUGCCUAUUACUUUGACGACUCCGAUUCAAUUCAAGUCAUACAGCGAAAAUGAGGAUUAUCUUGUGGAAGAAAAACCUGAGCCAAACCACCGCUCGCAGACUUUGGUUUACUGUUCUCGAGAGUCACAGUGGUGGAUAAAGGUGACUUUUCGCGGCAGGGUUUACGACAUACUGAAUGAGCCGACAAUAAGCCAUAGGACUUCAAAAAAGGAACGUCGCAAACAGUUCCAAAACUUUGUCAGACUCAUAGACUACGGCGCUCUUCCUCUUCUUGAUGACACGGUUACGGAACUGAUCCUUGAUGAUGGGGGACAGGGUUCCAAAGUCAUUAUACAUGCAUUUGAAGAAUUUACCAGCAAUCCUUUCGUCAAGAUUGCUGCAAAACUGAGAUGUACCAUCCGGGAAGAUCCUUCGCGAGUCAUUUAUCCAUCAUGUGAUGAAUUUCCCUCCUUUCGAUGUAUCAAUUCAAGCGAGCUUUGUGACAAGACUGAAAUCACGGACGGAGUCUUCCAGGUCCGCAAUGCCAACAGCAAGAUGCCAUAUAUCCUCAAGGUUGUGAACCGACCCCUCUAUCAGCCUCAUGACACAGAGGUCAUACGCAAAGAACUUGAAAACCUUGAAAUAUUUCGAGGCGCGCCGAAUAUUGUGCAAGCAGCCGGCAUUGAAGUAUCCACAAACCCUUAUAUGACGUCGAACACAAGGGAUCAGCCUCUCAUAGUCUCUGGUAUUGUGCUGGAAUUCUACAGUGGUGGCUCUAUCCAGAGAGUCUUGAGUGAACAUCGUCUGCUUGAACAUUCCUGGGAAAAAUGGCCAAAACAAAUCGCUAUUGCAUUAGACUGGUUUCACGCGGCCGGCAUAACUCACAUGGAUAUUAAGCCUUCGAACGUUGUGCUUGAUGCGGAUGGAAAUGCAGUUCUUAUUGACAUCAGUGGAAUUGGUGGAAUCACACACGGGUGGCGUGCCCCAGAGAUCCGAGAUGAGAUAUCACCCAACGAACUCCCGUAUAGGGUGCGUAAAUCGAACGACACCUGGGCUUAUGGAAAGUUUCUGUCAGAACUUGUUCGGCAUGCAAAAGAUAGCCCUAUUACAAGGAUACUGAAGCGGAUUGCCGGUUGCCUAAUGGUAGAGAGCGUGCAUGGACGCAUGACUAUGUUCGAGGCUAUCUCGGAGCUUUCUGGUAUUGACAACAUUGACCGCUCUCUUCCGCAAACCUAGCAAGGCUGUGAAGAAGGAGAAGGAGCCCGCCAUCUCUCCCACCGAGCAAGAGCCGCCGCAGAGCAGACCGCUGCUCCGGUCAAUGGCGCCAUGCAAAUAGAGACCAAUCCAACUAGUGUGGUCACAAAAUAUUGUCCUCCGAAAUAUCCUUGCCUUGAUUCGCUUCAAUAGUCAACCCAUUCUAUAUCAUCUUCAUCAAAUCCGCCGUCUGUUCGAGGACCUUCGAACAGUCAGCAAGAAUAUACUAUGGCCAUCGAUAUCUAGCCUUACCUGGACCUUCCCUCUUUAAAUUCGGCUUUUUGUCACAGCCGCUGAUGCCGCAGUUUGGCAAACCACUGGUAGAGGCAUGCUCGGUGGUCCCCAUCUCGCACACUUCCUUCUUGCGCUUUGCAUCUCCACAGGGUCGGUUGAGUGUCUUGUGGUAGUGCCCGCAGUUAUGGACUCGAACUCUGAAGCUGCACAUUGCAAACAGAAAACGCUAUGAUAUCUCUGUGGAUGGAAAUGAAAUUAUUAUUGCUAGGUUGGAAGUGUAGUUAGAUGAGCCCUGGCUAAAUGAUAUUAUGGCAAUAUAUAUUCCCAGCGCAACAAGGUUUUUGCAGCCA